AUGAUAAAAAAAGUCGCGGAAAGCCUGUGCGGUGAUUGCUACACGUUAAUCAACGCCAGGGGGAACAAAAGGUGGACACAACAGCUGCUCCGAAACAAAAGUAUGCUUCGUUUGACAAAAAUAAACUACUCGUUUGUGCAGAAAAAUAAGAAUGUCAACAAAAAUAUAUACAAUAUGAACUGCAUCGAAUUGUACAGAUAUAGCCGCUUACUAGAAAGGGAGAAUAUUACCAAUGUGACUAUUUACAAACAGAUUAACAAGAGAGUAGAAAUGAUUUAUAAAUUUUUAAACCCAUCCAAGAUUGUCCUGUUAAUAAAGUUGUAUAUACAGAAUGCGCAGUUAAAUACCUACCAAAGCACCUUCCACUGUCUUAUUGAAGUAGCAAUAACAAAACUGAGAGAAUUCCAUCUCGAAGAAAUUGUUAAAUUGUACAACAUAAUUAGUAAAGUGGAAAAUAACCAAAACGUUGUCUAUUUAUUUAAAUAUGUCAACAACCAUUUAAUUAAUAAUUACACAUUCAUCGAUGUGAAGUCCUUUUCAAUCAUCCUAAAUUCGCAUGCAAAAUUGAAAAUUAAAGAUAUGAAAUUGAUUAACAAAUUCUUACACAUUAUAGUUCAAAACGGCUUGCAUAUCGAUAUUGUGAAUUAUUCCCUCCUUUUUAACGCCUUCUACAAACUCAAAUUGGUAGGCAAUGACUAUGUUAACGAUGUUGUGCGGCAGUUCUUGGGCGAAAUUGAUGCGUGGAGGCAAAGGGAGCAUUGUCCUUCCCAGGGGGAAGGCCACAAAGAUGGAGAAAAUUUCCCCACAGAUGACACAAAUGGAGGUCACAAAUCCGACUCUGCAAGAACCCAACUGGCCGACUACUCCCCACACCACAUAUGCAACAUUCUGCUGUACUUCACCAUUCAGAACAUCAACCAAAUUGUGAAUUCAAAUGGGAAGAAGGAAGAAAACGCUGAAUUAAAUCUCAGCGAUAACGUGUACAUAUCAUUCCUGCUAGACCUAAUAAUUAAAAAAAAAAACCUUCUAAAAUGUGAAGAAAUUUUAAUGCUCUGUCAGAUCUUCAAAAUGAUGAAAAUAAAAAAUGACAUUCUGGUCAGCCACAUAGAGAAGGAGUUACUAACUUAUUUUAACCAUGCUAGAGAGCAGAGACUUAGCCACAACUCUACGAAUAAGGCGGACACAUCACCUAGCCCUAUUCACUUCACGGAUGACACCCUUGUAAAAAUCCUAUUUGACAUGUGCACCUUUUAUAGCCAUAUAGAUGUGUACAAUCGGAGCGUCCAACACUUUCUGCACAGCAAGAUCGAUUUCAGUACCUCCCUACUGCUACUUUAUGUAUAUUCAGAAAUAAAUUUGCUGAACGACAAAAUAAUCACCUUACUAAUUCGUAUCAUUAACAAACAUUAUCUUCAGAACUUUCAAGUGGAAAAUGUGUUCCUCCUCGUAAGGUCCCUCUAUAAAAUUUGCUUGAACAGUCAGCACUAUUUCGCGCGCAAAAGGGUGGGUGCUAAACAUGUGAAUAGCGUGCAUUCUGGUUCAAACAUAGAUGUGCAUGCGAAGGACGCACACGUGACAACAGGGGCUAUACCGCCACGCCCCUCUGAACAAAUAAGAAGCGCCCCGAAUGGGGCAACUAAUAAUGAGGGAAAAAAUCCCCUUCCCGUGUGCACUAAUCUAUCGCGUGAAACUGACAAAAAUGGAAUUACAGCUGAGGCAAAUGUUCCAGAACAGGGAAGCACCUCAUCUGUAGCUCCCCCACACAUGGAAAGACCAUUUCAUAAAAUUGAAAGCCUCGUUGAUAACGUUUUCUUCAAACUCGAAAAAGAUUUGCUAAACGGAAACAUACCGACGAACGAGCGUAACCUGCCACUGCUGUGCAAGAUGUUGUAUUACGCCACUGUCCUGCGGAGGUUCCCCUUCCUAAAUAGCGUAAUUAAUUUAUUUACAAACAAAGAGAGCUCAGAAAUUUGCGAUUUUAAAAAUAUAUUAAACAUACUUCAUGCCUACUGCUGCGCUAAAAAUAGCGCCCUCUACCUUUGCAAAAUAGACCAAAUGCAUCUUCAAAUGCUGCAUGAAGAUGACCUGACGAAAUUGGCCAUCAAGGACACAGUUCUGACACGUUACAAUUUUAUUAUAAAUAAGAAAAACUUCAAUGGACAGGUUAAAAAUAUGAUUUAUUUUCUUUUUGCACAGUGCAGGCUGAAUGAUUACAGAUAUGUGAACGUGGAAGCCAUAAAGUCGUGGCUGAAUUGCUCCUUUUUGAAUAUACACCUUUUGGGAAUGCUCCUCUGCAGUCUUAUGUCCAAGGAGCUAAACGUGAUAAAAUGCUUCACUACACAAAGAGGAAGUUUAGAUGAAGGGGAAAAGCUGUCCCAAGUGGAGUCCCCCCCUGAGGACCCCUGUAAAGAAAUGAGGAACAGCCGCAUAGCUAUAAAAAGGGACGCCAAGUUCAGAUACACAAAUUUGUAUAAUCAAAUAUUACCACACAUCGAUAAACUCAUUUCAAAGUGCGAAAACGUUUACGACAUCACGAGGAUUUUCAAUUCGUCCUUUAUCUUUUUGAGCCAUUUUGAAAAAUUAAAGGAGGAAAAAAAAAUAUGCACGGAAAUUUCACAAAUGAGGAGAAGUGUGGAUAAAAUAAUGAACAGCAUAGAAAAAAACAUUUUGCACAACCUGCAUCUGUACAAUAAAGAGUUCGUAAUUCUCCUCUCGGCCAUCUGUAUAUAUAACAACAACUUUUCGUACCUUCCAUUUUCUUUUUUCUUUCAAUAUUUCGACUUGUUCACUUUUAAAAAUCACAUUUCGUAUUUAAUUCUGCAAAGUACGGACGAAGAAAUUAAGAACAUAGCAAAUGAGGUGUUCACCCUCACAAAUUAUGAUAGCAGGGGAGGUGGCCACAAAAGACACGCCACCAACAUGGAUGCCACCAAAAAUGAUUCCACCAACAUGGAUGCCACCAAAAAUGAUUCCACCAACAAUGAUUCCACCAACAAUGAUUCCACCAACAAUGAUUCCACCAACAAUGAUUCCACCAACAAUGAUGUCAUCAACAAUGAUGCCACCACCCAGAAGGGGGAAAAUAACGUGGAAUCGUUUUAUUCCUUUCACAUAUCGUGCAUUACCGAAAGUGUGGGGAAAUCCGCUCGGAAUAGCCCAAAUUGGUACAAAAAUGGGGAGAAGCAGCUGCAUGAAGAAGGAAAUAUGAACAAUAACAACCUUAAGGAUGACAUCCACCGCAAAUGUACGCAGGAAGAAGAAACCUCCAGCAGUCUGACCCCCUUCCAAGUAAACCACAUAAUAAACAUAUACAAACAGCUGAUAAGUAAGAACGACUUUGCAUGCAACGGCGUUUUCAAAAAGGUUAAAGACAAAUAUUUGCACUCCGCUGAAAUGAACCUCCUCCUGUUGAGGAGCCUUUCUCUGGACGAGCUAAAUGACCUAUGCCUAAGCAUGCUAAAAAAGAAAGUACCAAAUAUUUUUCUCUUCAAAUGGACGCUAAAAAGGAAUUAUGAAUAUGUCCAUUCAGAGGACACCCCCCCCUUAACAUACGAUUACAUCGUUAACUUGCUAAACAUUUGCAUAAACCUAAAAAGGUACAAUCUCUUCAUGCAAGACACAGUUCUUAGUAACAUCCUUUUGGACAACUCGGACAAGUUCAACACGCUCCCCAGGCUGAAUAAAUUGGUCGAAUCGAUCCUUCAGUUAAACGUAACAACCGUUUAUGAUAGCAUCUCAAAUGAUCUCCUACCCAGAGUUAAGAAGGUCUACCUAAACUACUUCUCAAAUAGCCAGAUUAUGGAUUUAAACGAGGUCCUAUAUUUUAUGUUCCUCCUGUACAACUUUAAGAAGUGCGCAAAUUUUUACUGCAGAUUUGAAACCUUCUUGGGGAAGUUUAUCCAGAUAGAGGAGAUAAAAGUAUGUCCCAAAAGGAGGUACAAUUUUGGCACCAGUCUAAAGAACACUCUUUUUAUGGCCAAAAAUGUGUACACCUUAAGUGGCGAUAAAAAUGGAAAGCAAGACCAUUCUGUAAGUACCCCUUUUGCAGACACGAACAGUUUUGACAACGAAUAUGUAAUACACCUAGGUGAUAGAAGCACCAAUGAAGGGGGACAUAAAACGGAGGAUGAGAAUUUGACCUACACAAGGGAAGCGAAAAAGGUGCAAAGGACAUACCUCAUGAUAUGCAUAAGGGACCACUCCUUUGUUACGCUCUUCUUGCUUUUGGACCUCCUCAAAAAUGAUAGCAAAAUUGAACAUCACAAAGUUUACCAGUUCUGCCUUAAUCUGUUUAAAGAUUAUAUAUACCUACUAAACAAAGAAGUGGUAAUCCAGUGUUUGUACAUUUACUUUUACACCCAAAUUAAUGAAGAACUGACACAAGAACGUAAGGUGGCUGGAAAAAAUAACUCCCUAGAUGAGAACAUACAACACAUCCUCAACGUUUUAAUAACGUUCAGUCAGAACUUAGAUGUGUAUUCAAUUUUAAAAUUGUCUUUUAUCUAUAUUAACCUAUUUAUUUAUGAACUUAAAAAAUAUCACGUCAAGGAAAACGUGAAAAUCCUUUUCGAACAAAUUAACAAGAAAAAAAAUUUAAUCGAAAAAAAUAAUAUGCUUUAUGAGCAGGUCAAGAGGUAUGAGCAUGGGCGCAUGGGAGAGUAG